AUGCACAGCCGUCUGGUGCCGACGGGGAUGGCCAGGACGAUGUUGCUCCUCCUGCUCCCGCUGCUGCUGGCCUCGAGCGCGGCGACGCAGACGUCCUCGCAGCGGCGCUGCGGCCGCGUGCUGCGCGAGUUCAUGGAAUUUGUCUGCGACGGAGUCAUCUACGACCCGCACGAAGCGGCUGCCCCGAAGAGGGCGCUGUUCGGCCAACGGUUCUUGAUGUCCGGAGAAAAGCCCCCUGCGCUGGGCUUCCUUCACCCCGAGACGGCCAACCAGCUGCUGGGAAAGCGAAACUCGCCGGGCGGCAUCGUGUUCGAAUGCUGCUACAAGGCGUGCAGCAUCGCCGAAGCGCAGAGCUAUUGUCUUUCGUAG